GCCGCGCGGCGUUACGUGUAUUCCCGCUGUUUGCGACGCCCGCUCUUACCACAAAGAACGCUUCAGUAUUGUAAAAAAUCUGUGAUGUAUUGAUUAAUUCCAACAUUUUACCAACACAAAAACCGUCGGCGAACUAAAUUGGACUUGAUUUGGACACGAUGUGCGUUGUUUAAGUGAGCUUCUCUAGCGUUUUACUGUGGGCCACGUCCUAUGGAAUUCCACAUUUAUCGAUGAAUAGAAUCUAGUGUGUGGACCGAACAUGGUGGACUUUACGGUGCGAUGUUGAAUGCGUACGGAUUGUUAGUGUUUUCUGUGUUAAAUUCCUAUAUUUUCUAGUGUAAAUUUGUGAAUUUUGUGACUAUAAAUAUGGAUUGGUAUGCGAAUGCUUAAAACGCUACCCAGGAGGGACACAGUUUACGUCGGAUAAUGAGAGUUGGGGAACGAUAAACAGUAAGAAUGGUAUCGUUCGGCUACUUCGGGCUCCGGCAGGCCCCGUGGACACUUCUUGUCCUCAUCUUUUUCGUCGAAAGCGUAAUGGGGAAUUAUGCUAAAUCUUUCUAUAUACAUUGGAACACAACAAACAGUAUAUUCAGAAUAGACAAUACCGAUCAUGUAUUCGAUCUAAAUAAAGGAAAUGCACAGUUUGAAUACGACCAAGUAAACAUAAUAUGUCCCGUUUACGCUCCGGAUACAUUCGAAGAGGACAUGGAAAAGUAUAUAAUAUAUAAUGUAAGUAAAGAAGAAUAUGAUUCGUGUCGAAUAACGAAUCCAAAUCCACGGAUUAUAGCAAUAUGCGAUAAGCCGAAUAAGUUGAUGUUUUUCACCAUUACCUUCCGGCCGUUCACACCGCAACCCGGCGGUUUAGAAUUUCUACCGGGGAAGGAUUAUUAUUUUAUAUCAACGUCCAGUAAAGAUGAUUUACAUAGAAGAAUCGGUGGCCGUUGCCUAAGUCAUAACAUGAAGUUAGUGUUUCGGGUGUGCUGUAAGCCGGAGGAACAGUCACCCGUGCCGCCACCGCAGCCUACCCUGCCGCCUCCGCCGCCGCCACCUACUGCCCCGCCGACGACCACUACAACGACGACCGUCAAACCGGUCACUAAAAAGACGCACAAAUACGAUAAGACACCUAACGAAGUGGUCAAGAGCGAGGAGCUUUCGUAUUCGCGCGGCGCGGCGUUGGCUUCGUCCCUCGCCCUCGCUCUGGCGGCGAGCGCGGUGCUGGCUCCCCUGGCUCGGUGAAUGUGCGCCAAGGCGGCGCGGCCCCCGCGUCCCGACCUGCUGGCGAAGCCCUGCUCAGCUCACAGCACACAGACUCUACAAUCUCUCCACUUGCGCCCGGACACUCUGGUCUUCACGUAAAUCAGUGUAAGAUAGUGCUGUAAACUAUGUGGUGAACUGUAGAUUAGUGACGGGUCGUUUAGUGACGUCCUUGUGAUCUAUUAAUGUGUGUAAAGGGAUUUCCUUUUAGUACUUAGUGCUGUGUGAGAGCCGGACUUCGGGUUUGGUGUCGGGGGUCGAUGCCCGUGAAGUGCAGUGACUUUGUAGAUUUGUGCAAAAUUCCUAGGUAUUUCUAUAUAAAGUUCCAAUGACUUUAGUCCUUAAGGAACCUAAGUCGAGAGCCUAAUUUUUACUAUUGUAAUUAAAGUAUAUUGGGCCUACUGAAUAAUCGAACUAAUAUAUUAUAUACUUCAAGAUCGAUUCGUAGAAACGCAAGCUGCGAACGUAUAUAUAUAUAAAAAUGUUAACAUGUGUAAUGGUAAAAUAGAUUUCUUAAACCAUUAGGAGUUAAACAAUUUUUAUAUUUUCACUUAUGCAAUGAAGGAUAUUUGACUAAGAAUUAGAACGCAAAAUACAGAUAUUAUAGGAGAAAUCUUAUAUAGUUGACGAGAAUUAGUUAGAUCUUAAUUUAGUUGAAAAGACAGUUUUUUUUAUUAUUUUUCAUGCGACGUAUAUUUAGAAUUUAUUUAUAUGAAAAAAAAAUGCUCGGACAAGUUAAGAAUCUUGUCCAGAAAAUACUGUGAUUUUGGUUUUAUUUAGGUGGUAAUUUUUCUCUUCAUGCUUUCAUUAUGUGAUAUGAAACUAAUUGUAUUUAAUGUAAAAGCAUUUUUUUUCAUGUAAUAUUAUUUCAUUUUUCGACUGAUUUUCGCGAAUACGCUUGUUCUUAAUAUAAUUUUAUAAUGCAUUUUUAAGGGCCUAUUCACAAUCGCAAAUAUAAUUUAAGAGAUAAUAACUAUUGAAUUGAGGGUUUGGAUGGACCGAAUACUUGUAAUAUAGAAAUCUGAUGAUUUCUAUAUUGUUAUUUAAAAAAAUCCCAGUUACCAUCAUUGGGAUAAUGUUAAUGGAUUUUUAAUAUGAAUUCAUAAUAAAUAUUUUCCAUCGUCUUUGAAAGACAUUAUUAUAAGCACAGGCUUCAUUGCCAUUCGCUGAAUGUGUUUAAUGAACUUGCACAUUGUAAUGAAAUAGUCAAAUAGUUGAAUAGUAGUUGAAAUAGACCGGUUUUCAGUUAGACAUACGCAUUUAGUGACAGGAAUAUAAUUUUAAAUAGUACUUAAGAAUCAAAUGCUUGAGUUUCCUAUUAUAUUGAAACAAUAACUGUGCUAAGAGAAAUAGUAAACGUAAACUAUUAAAAAUGAAUCCAUGUCUUUAAAAAUAUUGACGCUGAACGAGAAAUGCAUUUAUAACUGAUCUAUUCUUAUUUCGAAAACCAGAAAUCAAAUAAAUCUGAAUCGCAAAGCCUAGAACUAUGUCUUAUAUUGUUUAAAUGAUUAUUGUAGUACAAACAUAAAUUUACGUCUUUUAGGUCGUCAAAUUUCCCUCUUUCGCUAAACUUUUCAGUCUUAUACUUAUUCAUCUAGUUUGGUACUUUUAGUACAUCUAUUUUAUAAUAUAAUUAUUUAACUGAUUCUCAACAACAAAGGGAUCCGUUACGAAACAAAAAGUUCUUAGUUUAAAGGACUUAAGUUUCGGUACUAACCUAUGUAAAUUUAUUCCCUGGGAAGAAAGGAAAAAUUCUACUCUAAAAUAAAACUAAAGGAAAAAAUUUUAUGCUUCUCGAGUCGAAGGGGAAUUAAUGCUAAUGAAUUCGUAACUGAUUCAAGGUAGCCAAAUGCGCAAGUUUCAAUUGAAAGAUAAAGAAUAAGAAAAUGUACGGACAAUUUUUAAAACAAUAUAACUUUAGAGAUCUGGAUCAUUUUAAAGAUAUACCUCUGCUAAUUGUACAACAAGAUUACUAGACAUGGAAUUAUGUAUAAAAUGCACUUUCUCGUAAUGACAAGUACACAUUUCAUGGACCAAAACUCAUUAGAAUUUUAUUGAUAAAAUUUUGGUCCUAGUGAAAAUCUAAUAAUCUUCCUUAAUACAUUUUCUGUCUUUGAUUAGUUUAACUGACCUGAUAUUACAAUGAACUGAGAUACUGUCUCGUUCCUCAUAAUCUAUAAAUGUUUGAAGAAAUCUACAAAAAUCAUUCAUUGUUGAAUUUAUGCUUUUCCAUCGAAAACACAGAAUUUUACUAAAUAAAUAAUGUUCAAUAUAAGACGUAACAUUGUAAAACAAUUUUUUAUUGAUGUCAA